GGAAAAAUGUCAGGCAAAUCUGAGGCUGAAAGCUUGAUUCCAAGGUUCAGGAUCGAAAGACUCCUCAAUCAAGACCAAAAUGACCGCCGGAUUUCAAUUUUAGGCUCUAUUGAUGACCAGCCUGGCGUCCUGAUCAUCGAGAGAGCAGCCUUCGUUGCAGAUAUCGGCUCCCUCAAGGCGUUCCAUGCGGCAUUGGGCAAUGUCACAAACCUGGGCGCGAACGACAUUUACCGCUGGUAUAUGGCCUCUUCAGGCCAAAACCACGUCAAUCCACCAGACCUUAAGCUUAACCUGAUAUGGCCUUGUACCGAGCAACACGUUCUAAAAUACUCUGCCCAGAACGUUCGGAUGGUCACGGAGACCCCGGAAAUAUAUCAAAAAUAUGUUAGGCCCUAUAUGCAGGAGAAACGGGGCAACGGUCGCCUGAACUGGGUCUUCAACAUCAUUGAAGGACGCAAGGAGCAGGAAGAUGUGCUUUACCGGGAAUCCGAUCCUGAAGAGGGAUUCCUACUUUUACCCGAUCUUAACUGGGACAGGAAGACUAUUGGCACAUUACGCUUGCUGGCUCUAGUAGAGAGGAGAGAUAUCUGGAGCAUGAGAGACUUGAGAAAAUCUCAUGUCGUUUGGUUGAAGCAAAUGCGCCAGAAGCUUCUCGAGGCAGUUGUUAAAGUGUACCCUGAGCUCGACACCGAUCAGCUCAAGCUUUACAUUCAUUACCACCCGACUUACUAUCACUUACACAUUCAUGUUGUGAAUGUCAUGCUUGAAGCCGGAACCACCCAGUCGACAGGGAAGGCCUUUGGGUUAGAAAACCUGAUUUCUCAAUUAGAUGCAAUGGCAGGAGAUGCAGACGCAAGCAUGGCAGACGUGGCCGUCUCCUUUUUCCUUGGAGAAUCGAGCGAGUUAUGGACGAGCAUCUUUGGGCCUUUGAAACGAGGCGAAACGCCGAAUUCUGGGCAUUGACACCGCAUCGCCUCUAAUACCACCAGUCUUUAAGUGAUUCAAGUGAACUCUUUGUUUUAUAGAGAUACC